AACGCUUAGCCUCUGAGUCUUCAACAAAUCAUACAGUCGUUCUUUUUUCUUCUGGGACUUUCAAUUCUUGCAUCUUUCUCAUCUCGUUUGGUUAUUAAGGAAGUAGUUGAAAUGGCAGCAUCAUGGACAAGAGAGCAAAACAAGAGGUUUGAGGAGGCACUGGCUUUGUACGACGAGAACACUCCGGAUAGGUGGCAAAGGGUGGCGAGAGCGGUCGGUGAUGGGAAGAGUGUGGAGGAGGUGAGGAGGCAUUAUGAGGUCCUUGUGAGGGACCUCGUGAGGAUUGAAUCUGGCCAAAUUCCCCUGCCCAACUAUAGAGGAUCCGACCAAAGUGAUGAAUCUAGUAGGCUCCUCAGGAAUAUGAGGCUCCACUGAAAGUGAAGGGUCACUCUUUUCAGAUCAGGAAGCCCUUUAUUAGCUAUAAAGAUGCUAAGUACGCGCCAAAUAUAUAUAGCAAUAACUGUUAAGUAUAGAAGCCUAAGAAAGGGGGGGAAAUAGGAAGAAGAGAAAAGGAGCGGUGAUAUCAUGCGCUAUAGGCAUGAAGACUCGUGGGUCUCGACCGUGUAAAAAACCACCUUCUUCUGCUCCCUUUUUAACUUGUAUGCGAGCUGAUAUGGUUUCCUUAAA